AUGAAUACCCUAGAGGACCUUACCGCGGAACAGAACGAUCCAGCUCUACACGCAGGUGCAGACCAAGAUGCCAACGAACCCGGCGUCCCCAAUGUUCAGGGUCUUGAGGACGCAAUCACGGACCAGAAGAACGCUCUCGAAAGCACGCCUGAGGGUCACGCAGAUCGUCCCGCGAGACUUGAAAGCCUUGCUCUCUCUCUGCUCACUCGUUUCCUACGUCUCGGGGAGCUACACGACCUCGAGGACGCGAUAGCAGCAUGCGCGCAGGCUGUAGACCUCACGCCGGAUAGUCAUCCAGACAAGCACGUGCAUCUGUCUUGUCUUGGCCUUGCCCACGUGGUCCGAUUCCGGCGGAAUCAAAGCAAACUGUACUUCGACGCCGCCAUCAAUGUUCUCAUGGACGCCGUGGUCUGCCCAUUCGGCACACCAGGGAUCCGCUUAGACUCGGCCAUCAUAUCCUUGACUCUCAUACGUGAAUACGAGGAGUUUGCUUCUGCGGAUACCUUGAUCCUUGCUCAUUCCCGCCUCACCCAGAUCUUUCCCGAGCUUGUAUGGUUCGGUUACGAGGUUGAGUGCCGAUAUCAACAAGCUUCUCAGCUCAGGGAAAUAGUAGGAACGGCGAUCUUUGAUUUCAUCGGCUGUCGCCUGCGAUAUCAAGCACUCGACUGGACGGAGACAGGGAAAUCUUUCGUCUGGUCAGAAAUUACCUUUCGCGAUCCCUUGCAGAUAUUAUCGGACACACAUCCUGAGCUUGCGAGCACGCUGCAGGAUAUCUCUUCGGCUUUUCGGCGCUCAUCGGCUGUUCAGCGUCUUGAGUUACCUUAUGGGGUUCAGAAUGGUUCAAGACCUUCAACGGUCAUGCGCCCUGCGGACGGCAUCAUCGCAACACUCAAAUGCUUUGAAAUGGCUACUACAGUAAUGGAGCACCAAAGGGAGCUAGUCGUUCAAUACGAGCGUGUCAUGACUCAAAUUCGGGGUCUGCAAGGGUUUGAGAACUUUUUACAUCAACCGAAAGUGACCAGUCUCGUGCCUAUCAUCAGGCACUUCGACGGACCCGUAGUGUUCAUCAACCUAUACUAA